UUACUUUCGUCGUUAUCAUUGUGGUUUCGUGGAUAAUCGUCCGAGUGAAUCAUUCAAAACUGGACGUUAUGGCUCCCACUUUGAGCUACUGGGUUGUGUUCUAUUUCGGCUUGUGUACAUUACAAGGUACUUCUCUGAGAGGUUCCUCAACGCCAUUUCGUAUAGUUUGCAUAGUUAGCGUAUUUGGGAUUUACAUCACCAUAAAUUAUUUUACGGCGUCCUAUACUUCUAUUUUGUCGACACCUGUAUUCAAAACAGCUGUUAAUUCUAUAGAAGACUCAGCUAAAAGCACUACGGUUAAAACUCUUCUAAUCAAAGGAUCGAGCACAGACGAACACAUUAUGUCAUCCUUGGAUCCCACGUUUAGAAUGCUUGCCAAUCAAAUGCGACUCUAUCCUGAAAGAAGAAUCGUCAAUGCCUUGACUGUAGAUGACAUAUCCACCAUCGUAAAGGAUAAUAGUGUUCUGGUCAUGGCUCAGUCAAAUGCAGAAUCUGUGAUUGAAAAUAGCUAUAAAAUCAACCGCAAGUGUCUCGUGACUCUGGCUGAGAAAACCUUCUUUAGUCGCCCGCAAGUCUUCACCUAUCCGAAGAACAGUCCGAUAGCCAAAGAAAUAGAUUACGAUCUGCUGCUGAUGCAUCAGGCUGGAUUGGUUCAAUACGCUGAGCGAACUGCCAAAUCGCAGAAUCGCUGCCGGAUCUCUGACUUAAAAAAUGCCCAAGCUCAUAAAAUAGCUCCACUCGGACGAAGAGAGAUGAGUGGAUCCUUGGUCAUCAUGGCUUUGGGCAUGGCUACAAGUUUCUUCAUUUUUCUUGUCGAAUUGAUUGUCGCAAAAAUGAAGAAAGCGUUUGCCCGUAAAUAAUGUGCUGUCAUCUUGCCUGUAGUAGCCUACUAGAUCAUCUUCUCUUGUUAAACAUUUGAUAAUUACUAUUUCCUUGCAUGGCCUAAUUUGUACUACUCGACAGCAUUGUUGCGGAAAAGUUGAAAUAAAACACCGAAAGCCGAAUUAAGGUUCUGUAUUUAGGCCGAGCCAAAAUCAACGUCCGUUCCACAAGCACCCAUGUUACUCUCUGUCUUCCUAUAGUCCUUCUUCUUUCCAGAGAGCAAAGGGGGGAGAGGGUCGCCUACAGUCAAGGGUUAGGAAACGAUGGGACAAAACAGCCGAAGGCUAACAGGGACAGGCAAUGCUGGACAAUUCUACAAAAGCAUGGAUGUUGAUUAUUGUGUAUUAAUCUGCAUUAUCGAUUAGCAUUGGCUGGAAACUAUGCUGACCGUCACCAGCAUCAUAAUUGUUGGAUCUGAACAUGUUUCGGCAAAAAAACUGAUAACGUUCGGACAAUGAAAAUACCGCAAUACAAUAGUAAAACACUCA